CAAUCACAGUGAGACUUCUAUUAUCUCAACCGUGUCACAGACUGCAACUCUGACUCACGACAGUGACAGCAGUGUUUGGUAGGAAGUGGAGUGGCAGUGCGCUGCAGUGAAAGAAAGGUUUUGGAUGAAAAAGACCUGUUGGAUAUUCAGGGGUGUACAAAAUGACUAGUAACUUGGACCAACAGAUUGCUAACUUAAAAAUCACUGAAAGUGAUCUGAAUACAAAUAGAAAAGUUGGGCCGGCAGUGCCACCGAAACCAAAGAAGCCACAGCCACAGGUUCCAAAAAGUUACUCUUUAAAGAAACCAAGUGAACCAUCCUACAGUACUCUCCUGCAAAAUGCAGGUGGUGGUCCAACAAGUUCAUCAGAUGACAAAAAUAGACUGUAUUCAAAUCUGGGACCAAAUAAGAGUGCACAAUCUCCAACAUACUCCAAUAUACUACCGCAACAUGCAGAAAAAGAAGCACAAGUUAUAUACAGUAAUAUAGACCACAGUCGGAAAGAUCAGAAUACAUAUUCAAACAUUCCUGCAUUUACUCAACCCAACAGCAAUGCUGCUGAUGAUCUGCCACCUCCACCGGAGCCAUCAGAUUACAGUCAGUGCCACACAUCAAACUUCCCACCACCGCCUGAUGACUUACCUCCUCCUCCAUCACCUGUUAGUUCAAGCUAUUCAGAGCUGCGCAGGGCAAAUUACCAACCUGACUUUGGGACCUAUGGACCUUCAUCUCAGAGCUCUGCAUAUGAAUCUAUAUAUGAACCUAUUAAUCCGCGGCCACCGAGCCAGAUGUCAUCUCGUUCCAACUAUUCUUUGUAUGCUCCUUACAUGAGUGGCUCACAAAACAAAUCAGAAGAAGCAAAUACAGCACCUUCGUUAGGAAAGGAAGCAGAAGUUGAUGCUUUGACUAAUUUACUAGUUCAAUCCAUGCACGAUUCCUCAGAUCCCGAUGACAUAUAUGGUGUGUGUACAGCCUGUGGACAAAAGGUGGUGGGAGAAGGAUCUGGAUGUACAGCCAUGGACCAAGUGUACCACAUUUCAUGCUUCACAUGUCAGCACUGUGCAAUCCAGUUACAAGGAAAACCUUUUUAUGCUCUUGAUGGGAAACCAUAUUGCGAAGAAGAUUAUUUGAACACACUCGAAAAAUGUUCUGUUUGCAUGAAACCUAUUUUGGACCGUAUAUUAAGAGCAACAGGAAAGCCAUACCAUCCACAAUGCUUCACUUGCAUAGUAUGUGGGAAAAGUCUAGAUGGUAUCCCAUUCACAGUUGAUGCAACAAAUCAGAUACACUGCAUUGAAGAUUUUCAUAGGAAAUUUGCACCACGAUGCUGUGUCUGUGGUCUGCCUAUCAUGCCUGAACCUGGCCAAGAUGAAACUGUUCGUGUGGUUGCUUUGGAUCGAAGUUUCCAUAUAGCUUGUUACAAGUGUGAGGACUGCGGUCUCAUACUGUCUUCAGAAGCUGAGGGCCGUGGAUGUUACCCUCUGGAUGAUCAUGUAUUAUGCAAAAGCUGCAAUGCUAAAAGAGUGCAGGCUCUUACAUCUCACAUGACUACUGAAUUGUAGAACUAAAUGCUGGACUGCUCAAAGAAACUGAAUUUGAGUGUCAGGUUUUGGUUAAGCCAUACGUUUUAUUUGUGGAAGUUUUGUGUGUUGGGGAGCAAAUAUCUAGUUCAUUGUAUUAAGUCUGUGAUAAAAAUAACCAAUGUAAAUUGCUUACAUACUGGGUGAUCCACAUGUGGCACAGUUUUUGAGAGCGCCUUCACUUAUUUUGUAGAUAAGAGCGAUCACAUUUUAAUCUGUUAACUUUGAAAUGAAUGAAACGCUGGAUACGUAACAAUUUUUAUUUAUAGCACAUCUGAUAAGUCUUCAAUGUUAAGCAAUGUGUGUGGUGAUAUUUGUUGACCUACAUAUAGUACGUACUGAUCUUAAUUCAUGAUUUCCCACCACUUUUCGCAAAUUGAACAUCUAAUUUUCAUUACUGCCAUUUUUAAUGAUUAAUUAUGUGUUAAAUAUUGUGUAACACACUUAUUAAAUUAUGAAAGUGGCACUUUCAUAUGGCCACAAUGUGCAACAGACUGUUUCAAUGGUGCAUUGUAUUUCACAGUUCAUUCUGUUUAGGUCACUGUUUGUAGAAAGUAAUAACUGAUUUGUGAUAUAUUAUGAUUGACUGAUAGUGUUGUAAAACACCCAGUUUCAUUUUAAGUUGUUGUUGUAAACCUGUGUGUCAUUUUUAUAGCAAAGUAUAGAUGUUGGUCAAUUGGGAGGCUAACAAGUUGAAAAAACUGAAAAUUUUCUCUCCAAGCUUUCAUUUGAUUUUGUUUAUGGCUAAUGUACAUUACUGAUUUUGCAAGCAAUCUUAGUGUUUUGUAAUUAAACUUGUUGUGUAUUUUGAGACUUUAUGUGCGCUUGUAAUUUCUUAAUGUGGACCCAUAGGGAUAUAAGUGUAUUUAGAUCAAACAAAAUAGAAUUAUACUCAAAUUAUUCUACAGGUCAUUAGGUUCAAUAGCUAAGUUUAUAAUCAUUAUUUGACACAUCUUUGCAUAAAGAAUUUGCAUUCUGUUCGUGAUUUCAGCAAAAGUUAAUAUCCCCCAAUUUCAACAAAAGCUUGAUGAUAAGUGAAUGGUUUUUCCACUGUAUUUGUCUCCUUUGUGUUGUAUAGAUGAUAAAUUUAUAAUUAUUGGUACAUAAUGAUUUGAUAUUAGAAUGAAUGGUGAUCUCUUGCAGUCAUAUAACAAAGACUGUUAGUUUGAGUAGUUUAAACAUGUUUAUGAAAUUUGGUGUCACAUGUGAAUCACCCUCUAGAUAGUACUAAUAUAUUGAUGAGGGACUAGAACUGCAAUAUUUAUGGACAUGUUUUGAGAAACAUUGAAAUCUUCAGGCAACUGCUGCUUGCCAUUGUAGCAUAGUUAUCAUAUAAACAUCUUUUAUAUGCAUUAGUUUAAAAAAUCUGUUAUCAGUUUAUUGUGUUAUGAUUGUAGAUGACUUACUUGCAAGAUAUUAUGUAUUUACUGUCACCAAGGCAAGGCCCAAGUUGUGUUUUACAGGAGCUUAUUUUCCAAGUGCCGUUUUCCAAUGCCUUCUUCAAAGUAAGCUUACCUACUGCUCACAGUAAUUAUGUAUAUAAGUUCUAGACAACUUACUUUUCUUUAUAGUAACUACUGUGUUCAUAUUGAUACACUGAGCAGUUUCUGAACAGAGAGAAGGCUGGAUAUACUGACGUACAGAUUUUCAGCUUCAUAACACCUAUACAGUUUUUCAAAAUUCACUAGAUCUUGUAACAUUUUGAGUUGGAACUGUUACAAGGGACAUUAAGCUGAAUUUUACCUUUAAAAGAUCUUUUUGCAUCAUGUAUCAGUUUAUAAUAUACCAGAAUAUUGUUAUGAAUGUAAAACUCUCACAUGUACACACCAGAAUUUCUCUUAUUUGUCUCUUGUCGUGUAGAAGAUGUAAACUGUUCAUGCCCUAGAAUCAUUGUACAAAUUAAAUUUGGUGCAAAGUUUUUAAAUUUAAAUUGUUUGAAACCUACUUUUAUUGUAGAGACACAUGACCAGAACAUGUGUGCAUUAAUAAUUGUGUGUUGUUUUGUAUGCUGGUUGUGUCCCAUAUUGUGUUAGAGAUCAAAAUAUAUAGUAUAGUGAGUAAUAUUAUUGUCUCUGUGCCAGUGGUAUUUGUUCUACUUUGGGGUUAGAGUCUGUAAAGGAAUACCAAAGAUGCAAACACACAGUAAAUAUGACUAACAAUUCUGAAAAGUGAGCGAUUGCUGCACAUUAAUUAAAUACAGUAUAUUGUACUAUGUGUGAAUGGAAAUUUUAGAAUCAUUCUCUCUGCCCUUCAGUGAAUGUGAAUUAUUACCUCCCAUUAAACAAAUAUUGCAAUGCUCAUGAGAACAUAAUUUCAAGUUUUAAGAUUGAACUUCUGGAUUCUAAUGAUAAGAUCUAUGAAUCAGAAUUAAAUUAUAAAUACAGUUGCCCCCCCCCCCCCCCCCCCCAAGUACCAUCAAGUUUAACUGACACAAACCUACAAACCUUUCCUGAAAAACAGCAAUAUAGUUAGACUACCUUUUGUAGGAAUGUGAGAUUUUGCUCUAGAUGUGUGUGUGUGUGUGUGUGUGUGUGUGUGUGUGUGUGUGUGUGUGUGUGUGUAAGAGAUUCCUCAAAGACAGAAAAAUGUUUUAUACUACUCAGUGAUAUAGAAAGAUGCUAAUUUUUGUAGUUUCAUUUGCAUUCAUAUUUUUUCCAUAAAGACGUAACUGUCAUUUAUAAAUGACAUUAGUAUAAGUUGCUAUCAUUCCAAACAUGCACACAUUGUAAGGGAAGUUACUCUAAUUCAGUUCAUUCUUCACAUAUUUAGGUGGUACAAUUUUUGUAUGUCGCACAAAACAACUUCCUUUCUAAUUUGUUGUUGGUUUGUAACUGCUAGACUGGAUUUGCGACUUGCUUUCAGUGUGCUUUCCAUUGCAAGCAUGCGAGUUACCCUCUGUGGGCAGCAUUCCUUGUAAUAAUCCCUCCAUAGGUAGAGGCUCUUUUUAUAUAUAAUCUUGUUGACUGUGUAUUAAUAACUGUGUAGAAAUUAUAGUUUCAUGUAAUUUUUUAUUAUUCUAUGUCAUACAGAGAUAAUUUACUACUUGAAAAAUUUUCUAAGGGUUGUUCACUUCAUGAGUUUUCUAAUGAAAAAAAUAAAUAUUGUAAAAAUAGCAAACAGAUGUAAGAGAAAGAUGCACAUACAGCAGGUCUUUCACCACAAUGUUUUCAUUUUUAAGGAAGUGGACAUUUUACAUUUGACAUAAUGGUCUUAGCAUGAAACAGUUGCUCAGUCUUUCUUUUUUAUUAUGUGUAAAUCUAUUGUAAACUUUGAGAAGUUUGCCAUAUUCAGAUAGUUCCCAAGUAUGUUUUGUGUAAGUCUUUUUUUUUUUAACUGUUGUUCACUUAGAAUAAAAUUGUCUAGUCUAGAGCUCAGUGAAAUUAAGAAGGGAAACUGAAAUUACUCAUUGUUUAUAUCACUGAAUCGUUAAUUGUGAUAUACUCUUUGUUCUGAAUAAAAGAUAUAUUAUAUACACACAUAA